CGAGUACUCGUACACUCUACCAACGGCACGAUCAAUGAUACAAUCAGACCCCCAGCAUGGUUCGGCAGUGGCAAGGUCAUGACGGUCGGGCUCAGGUUCCCAGUACGAGCGGCUCCGUGCCGAAGCGGACAGCAACCAGGAAAAAAAGCAUCUCGCGGCGCUAGCAGGCAUCAAACAACAGGCCAGAGGGAAAAACUGAUGAAAAAAAAAGAGCGCCACAGUGGCCCGUGCGUCGUCUCAUGGCGCGCGGGCCAAUCACAGCGCAGGCGCCAAAAGCCAGCCACCGGCGUGGCCCCACCCUAGGGCUGAAUCAGCCAGUCACAAGUGUUAAAAGACUACCUGGCCCCCCGCCCCUCAAAUCAUAUCUUCGCAUUUUCCCUCGUCCUCUUUCGCGAGCCUUGCCAUCUUCCCUCAACCAAUCAAUCCGCCUUCGCGCGCCCUGCCGCCCUGCCCUGUCCAACGAACGAGCAGCGCAAAAGCAAGCCCGACCAAAGGGCAAAAAAAGGGCCCUUCCCGCGCUCACGCGUGCAAUCAGAUUCGUCCGCAAGGGAACAAACGAAACACUUGCCUCUGCCUCGCUGGCCAUUCACAGCGACUCGACUAUCUCGUCCCGAUCCGCUUGUCCAAGCCGCGCGCCAGUGAGCGCAAACCUUGAGCCACGCCGUUCCCGGGCUUUCUUUCAGUUCAGUUCUGACGAGAAGCGCACACAGCUUUCAGCCUGUGCUGUGCCCUGCCCUUGCACGCUUGUUGCUGCGACUGCGACGUCAGCGCCCUGAAAGCGCCGUAGCUGUCCGAAGCUGUACGAGUAGCUGUUCUGUCAGUUCAGCUAUUUUUGCCCGGCCAGAGCACAUUGCCUUACACGGCCUAUUUUGUUUUUUCACCAACCCAAGCCCUGCAUUUCUUCUCGUAUUGCAUUGCAUUGCGCUGAAUAGUUCUAUUUUUUGCUCUUGUUCUUUUUUUACUCUCGACUCCGCUGCCCUCGGA